AUGUCAACUCAUUAUCUUGGCGUAAACAAUAAAGCCAGUCGUAUACCUGUCAAAUCUGUCUCGACAUCAUCUGUUCAACCACAAAAGACCAUCUCGACAUCUAUUCAACCACAAAAGACCAUCAGUUCAAAAACAAGAGCUACCACAACACCCAAACCCAGAAAGACCUCUUCUUCUACUUCUUCCAACCCAUCUUCUCAUUGGCUUACACAUCUCUUUCAACCAUCAAAAAAGACAAUCAAAAGUGUUGUUCGAUUAGUAACAGAGCAAGAAAAGAGUCGUAUGUGGCAUAUAGAUCCUCAUUCGAUACGUUAUAUGGGGUCCAAGACAACCAAGAAAUUUGAAUUAGAUCAUGUAUUUGGAUCCACAACGACAAACCAGCAAUUGUAUCAACAGAGUAUUGAAUCCACAAUUGAAGCAUUCAUGCAGGGAUACAAUAUUUUAGGUACUAUUUUUACUUAUGGUCAGCCUGGUACUGGUAAAACUUAUUUUGUGAAAGGCAAUGAUCAUGAACCUGGUAUUGUCUUUUAUAGUAGUGAUACUAUAUUCAACUGGAUAAAGAACGAUCAUGAACAUGAAUACAUUGUGUGUCUCUCUUUGUUUGAAAUCGUUAAUGAAGUGAUUCGAGAUUUGUUAGAUGAACAAGGUCAACCAUUGAAAAUAUCAGAUGAGAAUAAAAGAAGAGGACCCUUUGUGUCUUUGUUGAAAGAACAAGUCAUCAGAUCCCCUCAAGAAAUAGAAUAUUAUGUUCAAUUAGCACAGGCCAAUCGAUACAUGUCUACUACUAAUUAUGAUAUGCAUUGUAGUAGAGCACAUACAUUUGUUCAAUGGACAUUGGAAAGAAGAUUAUCCAACAAAAAGAAUCGUAUCCAACGACACCGAGAUACAAUUCAGAUAUCACAUUUAUAUCUUGUUGAUUUGGCUAGUAAUGACAAAUCCAUAUACCAAUCACUAAAAAACCCCAUUCAUAAAUCAUGUUUGGCUCUUGAAGCUAUUGUGCAUAACUUGUCAGAAACAGGAAAAAGUGCUGGUCAUCCUCUUCCACCUUAUCAUGACUCCAAAUUGACCCGACUAUUGCAACCUAUGUUUAUGGGUCAACAUCAUGUUGUGUCUGUCUGUACAGUCAAUAUGAAAGCAGCCAAACAAGAUGAUAUACCUACAUUAGAUACACUUUUGUUUGCUACUCGAAUUAAGCGUAUUCCUAUAUCCCCUAAACUGACUGAAAUAUCUGAGGAUAAAUCAUUGCUUGUCAAAUAUACCAAUGAAAUCAACUUGCUCUUGUCAAAACUAGAGAAAUUAGAUAAACAAAAACAGAGUGGUAUUCAAUCUAUUUUGGAGAAAAGACUAUACCAUACUUCUCAAGCUAUUUUAACAGCUCAAUCCUUCCUUCAUAGACAAGACACGCCUCCUUUACAUGCUCUAUCAGAAGAAGGACAUGAAAAGAUUACACAAUUAGAAGCUGAACUAAACAUGACAAGAGCAGAACUUCAAGUCACGCAAUUAUUGGUGCAUGAAUCCCAUCUUUUUUAAAAAAAAUAAAAUAAAAAUAAAACUUUAUAAUGUUGUAUCUGCUGUAUGCCACAUUAACCAUGCCCCUAAAGAACGAUAAGGUCGCCAUAUGUCAGUCAAUUCAGUCAAUUGUUCAUU